GCGCCACUACCUACCACAGCUGAUACAUCUUCAAUGCCAAUUAAAUUCGAAAUCAACCCAUACCAAAUUCUAUAUCCAACUUCUUCAAUUCACAACUCUCAUAUCAAUAUGCUACCUAUGCUUUUACAAUAUUAAAAUACGCCUAAUCCUACUUCUUGUCCCCGGCCAUUUAUAAGCCUACUUUCUCCAAAAUGUCUCAAUUUAUAUUUUUCUUUUACAAAACUAUUUACUUUACUUUCGCAAAAAGUUUGAUUUAUGUCUCACGUCAUAUAUUCUGAUUACAAAAACAGAAUAAUGAAUCAGCUUGUCAGAUUAUUAGGUGAAUUAUAUAAUCAACACAUAUAAAUUCCAAACACCCCAAAACACUCCCACUUCCCCAAGAGCCAUGGACCGCUAUACCUUCUACGACGACGGCGACACCGUGAAACCCCACCAAUCCCCGCCCCGCGCCUCCUUCAAAUCCCUCCCCCAGCUCUACGACCACCACCACGACUACCUCCUCUACAGCCCGCCCCGAUCCUCCUCCGCCGCAGCCAGCCCCAAUUUCUACUCCCUCCUCCCUCCCCCCAGCCCUGACUCCCCAUGGAGCCUCUCCCCCCACCAAACCCCCUCCCCCGCCCUCCUCUACCACUGCAUCGCUUCCCUCCACCGCCAAGAAUGCACCAUCUUCUCCAUCGCCGUCUCCAACGGCCUCGUCUUCACCGGCUCUGAGAGCUCCCGCGUCCGCGCCUGGCUCCAGCCUCACUGCACCGAGCACGGACACUUCAGGGCUUCCGCUGCCGCGGGCGAGGUACGCUCCAUCCUCGCCCACGGCAACACCCUCUUCACCUCCCAUGCGGACCGCAAGGUCCGCGCCUGGACAUUCUCCACCGCGGCGGCGGAGAAUUUCCACGCGAAAAAAUUCGCCACAUUCCCAAAACCAAAAUCCCUCUUUUCAUUCUCGAGAAACCCUAAUUUCAAGCACAGGGACAACAUUUCAUGCAUGGCAUACAACCACGCGGAGGGGAUCCUCUACACCGCGUCGUGGGACCGCACCGUGAAGGCGUGGCGCGUGUCCGACGCGCGGUGCGUGGACUCCUUCACUGCCCACGAGGACCAGGUGAACGCGGUCGUGGUCAACGAGGACGACGGAUGCGUGUUCACCUGCUCCUCCGACGGCGCCGUGAAGCUCUGGCGCCGCGUGUACGGCCAGAGCUCGCACACGCUGACGAUGACGCUCCGGUUCCAGCUGUCCCCCGUGAACGCGCUGGCGCUGAGCGCGUCGUCGUCGUCGUGCUUCCUCUACUCCGGAAGCUCCGACGGCGUGAUCAAUUUCUGGGAGAAGGAGAGGAGCUCCGGGAGAUUCAACCACGGCGGAUUUCUGCAGGGGCACAGAUUCGCGGUGCUGUGUUUGGCGGCGAUUGAGAAGCUAAUCUUCAGCGGAUCGGAGGAUACGACGAUUAGGAUAUGGAGGAGGGAGGAGGGGAGCUGUUUCCAUGAGUGCCUGGCGGUGCUCGACGCGCAUCGGGGGCCGGUGAAGUGCCUCGCGGCGGCGCUGGAGGUGGAGAAGGUGGUGGUGAAGGGGUUUCUGCUGUAUAGCGCAGGAUUGGACCAGACGUUUAAGGUGUGGAGGAUUAAGGUGAUGCCGGAGGAGGUGGAGGCUUCGCAGAGGCGGCCGCCGCCGGUGGAUACGGCGGCGAAGGGAGGGGAGUAUAAGGCGAGUCCGGUUUUGAGCCCUUCGUGGGUGGAAAAGAAACUUGGUACUGAUCCGUUUCACUGAUUUUUUUAGAUAUUUUAGUCAUCAAAGCUCUUUGAUUUAUUUGAUUAUUUUGUAUAAUAUUUGUAAUGCCCCAUUUUUUGAACCCUAAUUUUAUGAACCUUAAAAUUUUUACAUUUAAUGCUUUUAAUGUCGUGAAGUCCGUAGAUUUA